GCCUUCACAAACUUGAAACCAAAACAACAAUCACAAUUACAAAUAUUCAUACAUAUAGAGAGAGAAGCGCAGCAAGAAAAGAAGAGAGAGAAGCAGAGAAGACAGGAGUUUUGAGAAAGGAUGGCUUCUAAAGCUGUGAUUACUCAGCGUCAUAAAGAGGUAGAAGGGAAGCAAAAGAAUGUACAGGCAGAACGAAGAAACCGGAGGGUUCUUGGUGAUAUCGGGAAUGUUGUCAAAGCUGUUGAUGCAGGGAAGCCCAAAAACCCGAUCAAGACCAAUAGGCCAAUGACAAGUCUCGGGGAUAUUUUCAGGAGCCUAUGCGCACAACUAGUGGCAAAAGGACUGCCAGUAGUAGGAGGAAAGGAUCCUAAGGAUAUCCAAUUGAUUGAUGAUGGAGUCAUGGGAAGAAAGGAUGCCUCUGUGUUGGAAGCAGCAGCUGUCAAGAAAAAGGAUAGUGAUCAAAAACCUACUGUUACUCUGAGUUGCGAGGAAGAAAUUAAGCCCAAGAGUAGUGGAAGAAAAUCUAGACCAGACUACUCGGAAAAGACAGAGAAGGCCUUCACAUCUAUUCUCAGUGCUAGAAGCAAAGCUGCAUGUGGCCUCAUUAACAAGCCCCAGAAUGAGAUCAUAGCAAACAUUGAUGCAUCAGAUGUUGAUGAUGAGCUAGCAGCUGUUGAAUAUGUGGAUGAUAUCUAUAAAUAUUACAAGCUUACAGAAGGUGAUGGUCAAGUUCAUGAUUACAUGCCUUCACAAACUGACAUCAACUCCAAAAUGAGAUCUAUUCUUAUAGACUGGCUUGUUGAAGUCCACCGAAAGUUUGAACUCAUGCCUGAAAGUUUGUACCUCACUAUCAAUAUAGUGGAUCGUUAUCUAUCGAUGAAGAUUGUUCCAAGGAGGGAACUACAGCUGGUAGGAGUUGGCUCAAUGUUGAUUGCAUGCAAGUAUGAAGAAAUUUGGGCACCAGAGGUUAAUGACUUCAUUGCGAUAUCAGACAAUGCUUAUAACAGGGAACAAGUACUGCUGAUGGAGAAAUCGAUACUUGCAAAGCUGGAAUGGUAUUUGACCGUACCAACACCAUAUGUAUUUCUGGUUCGGUACAUAAAGUCUUCAGUUCCAUCAGAUCCUGAGAUGGAAAACAUGACGUUUUUCCUAGCUGAACUUGGUCUGACCCAUUAUACCACCGUCGUAACAUACUGCCCGUCUGUGAUUGCGGCUUCAGCUGUUUAUGCUGCACGAUGUACCCUCAAGAAAUCCCCUUUUUGGACAGAAACACUGAAACACUACACAGGAUACUCUGAGGAUCAGUUAAGGGAUUGUGUGAAGCUCUUGGUUAGCUAUCAUGCUGCUCUUUCAGAAAGUAAGCUCAAGGCUGUUUACAAAAAGUUUGCUCGCCCAGAAAAAGGUGUUGUUGCUCUCGUUCCUCCAUUAAAGGUUAUCUGAACUCCUUUGGGCUUGACAAAGACAAACUCUGCUGUUUUCUUGUCAACCAGAUGAUUGUUUUGUCUAGGUUCGUAUAAUAUCUGGUAUAAUCGACUUGAUUGUUGAUGACCUACAGUUGUAAGAUAUAUGAAUGACUUCGAAGGCUUUCAUUGUUGGUUUUGAUAUUAAGACUACUAGAAUUUAUCAUUUUAGUUGUAAGACAAAUCAUCUUACUGUUUGCUCUUUCAUAAAAGUUCAUAUCA